CUACUGUCGAUGGUGCUGGGCUGCUCGGCUGCCUUCACGGACCUCCUGCUGCCGGGCCGCGAGGAGCCGGUGGUCAACGUGGCCGUGGUGUUUGGGGGCACGUCUUACCCCCUGCACAUCCGCUCCCGCCUGAGUCCCCAGAGCUUCCUGGACAUGCCCCUGGAGAUCCACCCCAUCACCGUCAUCGACCCCAGCACCCUCCUCACCCAGAUCUGCAACAUCCUCGCCAGCCACAAGAUCCACGGCAUCGUCUUCGAGGACAACGUUGGAACGGAGGCCGUGGCCCAGAUCCUUGACUUCAUCUCCUCCCAGACCCAGGUCCCCGUCAUCAGCAUCAGUGGGGGGUCUGCCGUGGUCCUGACGCCGAAGGAGCCUGGCUCGGCUUUCCUGCAGUUGGGUGUCUCCAUCGAGCAGCAAAUCCAGGUGAUCUUCAAGGUGUUGGAGGAAUACGACUGGGGCUCCUUUGCCGUCAUCACCAGCCUCUACCCGGGCUACAACAUCUUCCUGGACGUCAUCCGCUCCUUCACGGACGCCAGCUACUUCGGCUGGGAGCUGCAGGAGGUGCUCACCUUCGAGAUGAGCCAGGAACAGAGCAGCUCCAGGACGCAGCGGAUCCUGCGGCAGAUUGAUGCCCAGGUCCUCAUUGUCUACUGCUCACGAGAGGAGGCCGAAUACCUCUUUGCCAUGGGAGCACUCGUGGGGCCGGGCUACGUCUGGAUCGUGCCCAGCCUGACGGUGGGCAACAUGGAGGUGCCACCCACCUCCUUCCCCGUUGGCCUCAUCAGCGUGGUGACGGAGAGCUGGAAGCUGAGCCUGCGGCAGAAGGUGCGAGAUGGGGUGGCCAUCAUUGCCAUGGGGGCGGCCAGCUUCUUCCGAGCCCAUGGCUACCUCCCGGAGGUGGGACGGGAUUGCCGGGCCCCCGCUGGGGCCACCGCCACCAAUACCAGCUUCUACCGGCAUCUCCUCAACGUGACAUGGGAGCACAGGGACUUCUCCUUCAAUGAAGGCGGCUACCUGGUCAGGCCCACCAUGGUGGUCAUCUCGCUCAACCAGCACCGGCUCUGGGAGAUGGUGGGCAAGUGGGAGAAAGGCAUCAUCCACAUGAAGUACCCGGUAUGGCCCCGCUACGGCUCCUUCCUGCAGCCCGUGGCCGAUAACCGCCACCUGACAGUGGCCACACUGGAGGAGAGACCCUUCGUCAUCGUGGAGAACACGGACCCCAGCACCGGGGUCUGCGUGCGCAACACCGUGCCUUGCCGCAAGCAGACCAACUCCUCCCAGAGUGCCGAUGGCCUCGUGGAUCCCUACACCAAGCUGUGCUGCAAGGGCUUUUGCAUCGACAUCCUGAAGAAGCUGGCCAAGGCGGUGAAGUUCUCCUACGACCUCUACCUAGUGACCAACGGCAAACAUGGCAAGAUCGUCCGCGGGGUCUGGAACGGCAUGAUUGGUGAGGUGUACUACAAGCGCGCGGACAUGGCCAUCGGCUCCCUCACCAUCAACGAGGAGCGCUCCGAGAUCGUGGACUUCUCCGUGCCCUUCGUGGAGACGGGUAUCAGCGUGAUGGUGGCCAGGAGCAACGGCACCGUCUCCCCCUCUGCCUUCCUGG